GAGAAGAAGCUCGGUAAAGUGAUUACCCCUGAUCCAUGGAAAGCCGGUGCUCGCAACACCACCGAAGGUGGUGGUCGCAGAGUGGGAGAGAACAAAAUUUUAACGAUGAAGAAGAACAGGUGACAUCUAAACGCUUUACUUUCGUGGCAGUUAAUUAGAG